AUGGCCGUGGCAAUUAACGCAUUUGGGGGCUGCCUUGCACGGCUCUUCCUCUGUCGCAUGUUUUGUUUCACCACAUAUGCCGCAACGCGUUUGCCGUACGCAGCGACGUAUUUCGCAAUAUCCCUGGCAACCGUCGUGGUGAAUGACAAGCACCUUUCCCUCCGCGAUUCCCACCAAUAUUGGAACCAGAAUUGCACCCUCAGAGAUCAUCAGUCACCGCGAAUCGCUUUUUUCAUCCCAUCUCCGUUUGGCUACGAGGCCACGGUAGCCUUGGUCUUCGAUACUCCAUGGUGGGCUCAAGUCAUCACUGUGGCUUUUGCGAGCGUUCGUGUCAUGGACUAUGGGUGCAUGGCUGAAUGA